CACAAAUGAGGAAUCCACAAGGAUUGAGCAGAAAUCCGACAAAAGUUCAAAGCCCCGUGCAGCCAAGCUGUCAUUCACAGGCCUAAUGUCUCUCAUCUGGAAGCUGCUCUUCUAUAAACCAGUCUGGACCAAAGAGAACCAGAAUCAACACAAUAUCAGGUUCAUUUAUGUGAAUUUCAGCGCUUGGCAUUUUGCAGGCUGUGACCUACUAUGGACUAAGAUGGCCAUAGGGUUGUUUCACGCCAUGCAGAUGAACUUUGGGAAACUGGCCCUUGCACUCUUCCUUGUCACUCAAUUCAACAAAGAGGAAGUAAAGAAACAGGGGGAGAAAGAAAAAAAGAAAAACUGGAUUCCGAAGAAGGUUUGCUGCUGUCCCUGGUGGCUUGUCAUCCUGUUCAUCAUUAUUGUCCCUAUAUUCCUAGUAGUGGGCAUUUUUGUAUGGGGCCUUACUAAAGCUCAUGUAAACACAGAGGAGCAAAGGACUGAUACGAAUAGUGAGGUGGAUGCACUGAAGAAAUUUUUCAUUACAUUACUAGGAGUCCCAGCAGUAGGUGCUCUGAGGUUUGUCCUUCCGAUUGGCAAGAACCUCAUCUUCAGCCAGGCUACGAAGAUUAAGAAGGAACUAGAAAACGAUCAGAAGAGCAACAAACAGGGAUCCAGGAACCAAGUCAGGGAGGGAAUUUCGUUUCUGACUCAAUUCAUCAAGUUUAUGGAGGUUUUUGAAAGGAGGAGGAUUCGUAUUGUAUUGAAGAUCACUAACCUGGACCGUUGCUCCCCCAGUGAAAUUGUUGCAGUCCUGGAGGCCAUCGAUAUUUUAAUUUCAGAAAAGAAAAGCCCAGUUCUUUCCAUCAUAGCUCUAAAUCCAAACGUUCUGUUACAAAAAGUCAAAGCGGCGAAAAGCUGCUUCUGUAAAGAGGACAGAGCUCACGUUCUGCUGAACCGCGUCGUCACUCUGGCCUUCACAGUCCCACCAAUGAGCGGAAAUUUAAAGCAAAACUUAUUUCAAGAUAUUACCAGCAGUUCAGAAAUCUCUGAAGAAAUCCCUAUGGAUAUGGAUCAAUUAAAGGUGUCAAUUCUAAUGGACAACAAAAACACCCUUUAUGUGGAGGAAGACAAACUGGAGAAAAUGGUCAAGAGGAUCCUGAGCAAUGCUGAGAAAAAGCUAAACAAGUACAUGUUAGAUGACGCCAUCUCAAGAAAGAGGAUGAUCAACUCAGUCUGGGUAACCUGGAUAAUCAUGAAGAUCUUGAAGAAAGAGUUUCCUGCUCCAGAGCACACUGCAGCAUGGGUGGUCCUAGCCAACCAGUGGCCCUGUCGAUUCAGCUGGAUCAUCCAGUGUGUGGAGGAUGAAAAGCAGAGAGCAGCUAUUGAUCAACAGAACAUGAGCACUGAUGAUUCAAAGACCCUAUGGAAGGUCUUCAGCGAGUCCAGGGAGGAGCUGUAUGUGAUGCGGGCACACAUCCAAGACCUCCUGGAGCAGGACGGGGAUCCUGAAAUGUUCGAAGCGUUGCUCAAGGACAAAGAGUUUGAGUUCACCUUAAAGACCCUGGAGAUCUUUCAAGUGGCGAUGGUGAACCUGGAUCACUCGAUCAGGAGGGAGCUGGCUCUAAUCAGAGGGACAUCCAGGCUGAAAGACUCGGGCUGGAUGAGGAACGUUGCUCCUCUUCCGGUCACAAGUCUUAUCAAAAUGACCACAGAGGAUAUCUGCAAAGAGAUGGAAAGGAUGAAACUGGAGAAAAAAUACAUUGAUACGGUGAAAGACCAUAAGAUCAAUGGCUCUGCUCUGGUCUUUGGUGAUGCAGAGGAUCUGAAAGCCCUCCUGGGUAUGACGUUUGGCGAAUGGGCAACUUUCAAAUUGCACUUCUGUCUCACCUCACCGGCCACGGUAAAAGAAUAUGGUGCCAGUACCUUCCAAGAUCCAGCUGUGAAAGUUCCUCCAUCAUACUCCCCAUAAUUACACAUCUACCUCCAGUCUGCGUUAGCAGCUGCAUCUUGUAACAUACCACUGCUUCUUAACUAAAUAUACGAGUGAGCUACAUUAAAAUAGUACCUGAAUAAAAUAAGGUCCAAAGUUGUUCCACUGUUUUAAAGAAAAAAUCUUUUCUACCUCUUGCCUAUUUUUGCAUAGCUUGUCGAGAUAACUGAGAUUGAUACAUGGAUUCAUGCAGAGGAAAUGCCCCUAAAAUCCUCAAGGUCUCACUUGUCUGAAGGCCUAAGAACGAAGCCUGCUUUGGUUGCUGUGUUGUGAUUAUUUUCUUUUCUUCCUUUGCAGAAUUAAAUCUGCUAUAUCGUAUAAUUGUAUGUAUUAAUGAAUCAGGGGAUUAAGAAUAUGAUUUGAUUUCCAUGUAACUGUAAUAGUAAUGCAUAUUGAAAUGAGUUAUAAGCAUGGCUGUAAGUGUCACAGAUUUUCAUGAGUCUGAAGAAAGGAGCAAGUUGUAUCUUUAAACAAAGAUAAGAAAGAAGACACUGAGAGGGCAGUUUAACAGGUGGACACUGUAAUAUAAAAGAGAUGAAUGCAAUAAGUUGUACAAUUUAUGAGCUGAGAUGUGCAAAGUGUGAAUUAGGGAAAGACGCUGUUGAAGAGACAGAUCUAACCCAAACAUCAACAAUCAAAGUGACAUUUAGCCUAAGACACGGGCCGUACAAAGGAAUUUGUUAUUACUACCAAUGCUAGCUUAAAACUUUCAUCCUCAUCAAAGAAGCUGGCAUCUUUUAGAGCAGAAAUCUGCGGUAUUAUAAUCUCUUUUUCCUUCUAAAUGAAGUCCUUGUCUGAAACAAGUAGGAAUGCUGUAGAAAUCUGAAGAAACCUGCUGUUAUCAAUUUUUUCUUCAAUAUGAAAUAAUUCUCCAUAAAAAGAACAAAUCCUGUUUAAAAGGACUGAAGCAUUUUCCAAAAUAAAACACUUUGUGAAGAUAUUAACCCAAGAGGAUUAAAGAAACUGAACUUUGGCCAUAAUUUACCCAUCUCGUCUCCCAGUAAGGUGAGCGAGGAAGAGAGCAGAGGGAGAAAUAGCAGCUCUGCUCUGAAAGCCUUAUCUCGCUCAGCGGAUGCUAGAACAACCUUCAGCUAAGAGACAGUGACACACUUAAACAUCUUGAAAACCCAAAGCCCUAUGCCCACCUUUUGUUUACAGAUUUUAGCUCUGCCUUUAAUACCUGUUAUGGAAAAAUAUGAUUACUUGUUAUAUUAAUCAGGCAUUUUUAUGGAAAACAAUAAGAGGUAUCUUCUGGUCCCUAAACUGUGUCAUGGAAGAAGGUGGGGUUUGCCCCUCUGAGGCAGAACAUGCACAGCUACACAGGGUGUUUGUUUUAAGGUAUGAAAGCUAUUUUAUGGUUCUUGAGGUAAUCUGGUUUGACCCCCUGAUAGGACAUCUGGGUGCUAAAUCACCCUUACUUCAUGAAGACUCUCGAGAGAAUAGUCUCCUUGUUUUGGGAGCAGAUAGGACCUGGAGCCUCAAUGUCUGGGCCCACAACACCCAAACUAACUGGGAGGGGCGGCCAUUCUUUUAAAAAGAUGUGUUUGAGUAGUGUAAAGCAGACAAAGGGCUUACAAUGGCUGGGAGAAGGACGUUGGUAACAUACUGAAAUUAAGCUUGUAAGUUUUUCUUUGUCUCUUUGGAAUUCCAAAUGACAUAAAUAUGCAUAUUUUAAACGUUUGGUUCUAAUAAUUGUUUCUCCUUUACUACCAAAUCUUGAACCGGGGUACAACGGGCCGCGGGGAAUGGACAGGAGCGGGGCACUUUUAAAUCUUAACAUACCCUACAACCUCACCUGCUCAUCAAGAAAUGACAGCAGAUGAAUCUUAAUCCUUUUCUUAUUAAAUGGUUUUAUUCUUUUUUUAACAAAUAGAUCACAGCUUGUUAAGAGUUAUCACCCCCCGGUCAGAGCCAAGGGCCAUCAGCACUCAGGGUUGCAUUACCUCUCCGGUCCUUUUUAUUAUUUACACAAACGAUUGCAUCAGCAGCUGCCCAGGAACUUAUGUUUUUUAAGUUCCCUGGCAAUGCUGCUAUUCUCUGCUUGCUGCAUGAAGAUAUGGACCCCUCAUCAUAUUUUAAUGAGCUACAGUCCUUUGUUCAAUGGUGCCAUGACCAACACCUUGUCAUCAAUGCCAGGAAAACAGAAGAGAUAAUCACUGACCCCAAGUCUAGGUGACAGUUGGCCGCUUUUUAUUCAUGACCAAAAAAUACGCGAGGUCUGUUUUUACAGAUAUCUGGGUGUACACUUAGAUAACUUGUUCAAGAGGGUAUAUUCAUGGCAAUAUGUUAUGUUUCCCUCUACAGCAGAGACUGUAUUUCUUACGUCGACUCAGAGUCUUUGGGGUUAACCAGAAGCUCAUGUAAAGCAUCAUCAGGUUUGGAACGUCAACGUAGUAUGGCAACCUCUCUGUGCAACUAAAAUCUAAACGUAUGGUACAAACUGCAAUGAAGGUGACAAGAACGACUGAUAACAUUUCUCGGCAAUCCAUCUAUGAACAGUCUGUCCUCAGACUUGCUUGCUACUGUCUGAUCCCACUCACGUCCUCAACUCACAAUACAAGCUGUUACCAUCUGGCAAACGGUUUAGACUCCCUGCUUGCAGACUUAAAUUUAAAAACUCAUUUGUCCCUUCAUCAAUCAGAUUGUUAAAUAAAGCUAACGUAUAGUAUCUUGUCAUGCUUCUGAUGCUCUGGUCUUAUCUGCUGCUUCACUUGCUGGAUUGUAUUUGUGAAUGUGUGAAUGUUCUUUUAUGGAUCAGCUUUUAUUGAACAUUAUCUGUUUACUUGUUUAGAUGAAUUGUAUUGUUUGUGGUGUAUUUAAUUGCUGAAGCAGCUUUGUUUAGCGUAUGAUUUCCCGUGGCCACAAUAAAGUAUCUAUCUUAAAAUUCUAAAGAAUUUGUGGCCAUUCAGUUAUUAGUAAAAAAAAAAA